UGUCGCUCUCCGUUACAGUUACGGAGCACAUGGGGGUUGAGUAAACGGUAGCCACGUUGACACAAAAAGUGGUAUUUUCUGUUUUUUUCUGCCACCGGUCACGUCAUCAUCUUAACAUCUGUCAACUCAGGAACCUCAGUUGGAACAUACAGAAAGGUCAAAGAAGCCACAUCAUCUGACAGGAUGAGUGUUGGAUUCAUUGGAGCGGGCCAGCUGGCUCACGCGCUGGUGAAAGGGUUCACGGCUGCGGGUGUGAUUGCUACACACAGGAUUACAGCUAGCUCCCCAGACACAGACCUGCCCACUGUGUCGGGGCUGAGGAAAAUGGGGGUGAACCUGACGUCUAGCAACAAGGAGGCUGUCAAUAAGAGUGAUGUGCUCUUCCUGGCUGUGAAACCACACAUCAUCCCCUUUGUUCUGGAUGAGAUUGGACCAGACAUCGAGGACCGUCAUCUCAUAGUGUCCUGUGCGGCAGGCGUCACCAUCAACUCCAUAGAGAAGAAGCUGCUUCAGUACCGUUCAGCUCCUAAAGUCAUGAGGUGUAUGACUAAUACUCCAGUGGUGGUGAGAGAGGGAGCUACAGUGUACGCCACUGGGACACAUGCAGAGGUGGAGGAUGGCAAGUUACUGGAGCAGCUGAUGGCCAGUGUGGGUUUCUGCACUGAGGUGGAGGAGGACCUCAUUGACGCUGUCACUGGGCUGAGUGGCAGUGGACCGGCUUACGCUUUUACAGCCCUGGAUGCUCUUGCAGAUGGAGGAGUGAAGAUGGGUCUGCCGAGGAGACUGGCUGUCAGACUUGGAGCUCAGGCCCUAUUGGGAGCAGCUAAGAUGCUGCUGGACUCAGAGCAGCACCCCGGCCAGCUGAAGGACAACGUGUGCUCACCAGGGGGCGCCACCAUUCACGCCCUGCACGUCAUGGAGAGCGGCGGCUUCCGCAGCCUCCUGAUUAAUGCGGUGGAAGCUUCGUGCAUUAGGACAAGGGAGCUGCAGUUUCUAGCAGACCAGGAGCGCAUUUCUCCAGCAGCCAUUAAGAAAACUACACUGGACAAGGUGCUCCAGCAGCCCGGAGUCACAGUCAGUGGAGUGGCUAAUGGGAACGGCAGAUCGGGACUCAGCCUGUUCAACACUCGCAACCCUGGGAUCAAGAAGAACUGAGUACAUAGAGGCGGGCACACACACAAACACAUUACAGGUUUAAGUGUACCAACAUGUACAUGUGGACAUAUAUGUUAUCCAGCUAUUCAGCCAUACAAUAAAAAAAAUAAAUAAAAACAGACUCAGGACUGGUCUGAAAUCACAUCCAAAUUGGCAUAAAUGCCAGAUUAUUUAUUUAUACUUGAGUUAUAUGUGGACAGUGGACCUGGUGGUUUCACCACCACAUUACACACAAACACAGGUGUAUUCUGGGUGAAUUGCACACAGUUAUAGCCUUAUGUCGUGAUACAGGAUUACUGUCUACACAUGCACACUGAAGAGCAAAAGUGCAUUUAAAAUCUGUUGUCUGUCUGUGUUUGGGCUCUAGACUAUCUAGGGCUGUUAAAUGGUAAUGACCCAGGGGGCCAUCAUGGGAUCCUGGUACACACCAGGCAGCAGAUGGCUGCUGGGAUACCAUCAAGCUCUUAAUGUACGUCUGUAAUGUCUUCUUUUUAUUCUUUUUUAGCCACAAUGUAAAUCAUCAUGUAUCCUUGUUUUGUUUGUGCAAAUAAUAACUUUUGACUUUUGUUUAACUAUGGCAUACUGUUAACAAAGACUGAAUAUGGAUUGAACAAAAACUGUAAUAACUUUAUUUGUUUUGAUUGCUGCAUAUGAACACUACAGGCUUAAUGGAUAAAAUACCUUGCUUGCAGUGUUACAGUGGAGUUUCUAGCACAUUAAGGACAUUGUGCCUUUGACUCUGUGACCCAGAAAAUCUGAUUUCUUACAUAUAAAGGUCAUUCCAAGCUUUAAAACACCUCUGUCAGCAUGUAAGCAUUUUCCUCAGAUCCCUCUGUUCAUUUCCCCAAAUCUUCAACUGCUGUGAGGAAUGUGAUGUUUUUACCUGGAAGUGCAUAAAAAAAAAUCAUCUACACAAUGAAACAAUAUAUUCCUAUAGAUUAUGUUGUAAAAGUAUCACAUUAGCCAUCAAUCCGUCCUAAUUUUGCAUUGUUCUAUAUAUUUGUAUCCCCAUGUUAUGUAUUGUUUUGUUCGGCAUAUCAACCACUGAGUUGGUUUGCCAGUCAAAAAGUAAAUAUUAAAGAAGCAGAAUCAAAUA